AUGGCUUCUGUCGAGGCGACAAAGCCACAUUUCAGCUGGCGAAAUUUUCUCAUGUGUUUUCUGAUCUCAUUCGGUGUUGUUGGUUUCGGAUAUCCCUCAGCAAUGAUUGCCCCCAUGCUUGCCAAACCCUCAUUUCUCGAAUUCACUGGCCUCGGUGACGAAAACGGUAUACACAAGGGCAAAACAUCGCUCGUAGGAGCUCUUGGAGGAAUCUUUCAGGCCGGUGCGGUCUUCGGAGUGAUAUUGAGCACACAAAUCACAGAUCGCUACGGAAGGAAGGCAGCCAUGUUAUACUGCAUCUUUUGGUCCCUCGUCGGCGGUAUCGGCAUCACGGCCGCUCCGAAUCUGGCCACCAUCCUUGUGUUUCGCUUCUUUUCGGGGAUGGGUAGCUGGGGAUUUCUGACCGUUGCUCCCACAUACACUGCCGAGCUCUCCAUCCCCGCCUACCGAGGACUCACUGCUGGCAUGUGUGGCGUGAUGCUGGGUUUGGGCUACGCGACCGCCUCAUAUUUCGGUCUAGCGUUUCAUUACACAGAAAAUACAGUGGCGCAGUGGCGCGCCCCAGCCGGCCUCAGUCUCCUCUGGCCGAUGAUUUCCCUGGUUACUCUCCCGUUCAUUCCCGAGUCGCCACGAUUCCUUUUGAUGAGGGGCAAAGUCGAAGAAGCAUGGAAGACAGUCGCCAAACUUCAUUCCUCUAAAGACGGCUCAGAUCAGACGUAUGCUCGAGAAGAGUUUUACCAGAUGAAGAUGCAAGCACAACACGAUCAGAAACAAGACAGCAGCUGGAAAGCCCUAUUUUCGAAAGCGUACAGAAAGCGCGUGAUAAUAGGCUGUGGACUUUCAUUCCUAGGACAGAGCACAGCUGUUCUUGUUAUCCAGAACUAUGCCCCCAUCUUUUAUGCAGCGCUGGGCUUCAAUUCGAAGCAGCAGAUUAUCAUUCAGUCCGGAAGGGAUUCGAUCGCAUUUGUAGGCAAUCUGGUGGGCGCGUUUCUCCUGGACCGCCUUGGACGGCGACUGAUGUUGCUUACUGGAUUGGCUGGUUGUAUUAUCUGUGUCGCCAUCAAUGCCGCAAUGGUCGCAGAGUACAGCGGCACAAACAAUGACGCUGGUUUGGCAGUCGGCCUCGCAUCACUCUUCGUUUACUUGUGCUUCUAUGCUAGCUGCUACGACGCACCCCUGCUUGUUGUUCUUGGAGAAAUAUUUCCCAACCACGUUCGAGCAAAAGGAGUCGCCUUGUCGAUUGCUACUGUUGCCGCCAGUGAUAUCCUCUACUUACAGGUGGCUCCCUAUGCAUUUGCGGCCGUUGGAUGGAAGUUCUUCGUGCUCUUCAUUUGUGUUUCGGCAGUUGGCUGGGUCUGGGUGUGGUUCCAGCUUCCUGAAACCAAAGGGGUGCCUUUAGAAGAGAUGGCAGACCUCUUCGGAGACAAAACGGAGGUCAUGGUGCAUCUUGCUGACGUUCACCUUGACUCUUCCAUGUUAGACCUCUCGACUAAGAAACAAGACAACGCGGAUACAACCAGCCCUAACGAGCUCGAGAAAAGAGAACCUGCAAACUUUCAUGUUGAGAGUGUCAGCUCGAUCAAGGGCCAUUGAAAUGGCAUCUUGUCGUUUAAGUCUUCACACAGCGGAUCUAGAGACUUGGGGAACUGCGCAUAUAGCAAGAAUGACCCGUUGUCCUCUCACAAGUCUCGGGAGAUCAGCGCUACAGUAGAUAGAGGCAAACCAAAAUGCUUUAUCCUCAGAGCAC